GCGCAGCAGUACGCAGAGGUGAAAGCUCAGCGUGACAGUGUGUGUGAUCUCUCCUGUGCGAGAGAUCAUGGGACAUAUUUGGAUAUCCGACAGAAUUUACAGCGCAUGCAAUCAUAUCCAGCUGGACGGAUUGUCGUUUAAUAACCUGCCUUCUUCACCUCGCCCGAAACAAACCGCCUGAUAACGCGCAGAGAUCCCGCGACGAGCUGGGUCAACUUGCAUGAAUCUUUGUUAUUCACAGCAAAACAGAAAAGGAGCCAUGAUUUCCACCAGAAGCGUUAGCAUCGGCUGCUUAAGCUAACUGUGGAUAUCCUUUUCCCUUUCGUCUGAUAAAGUUUAUUUUCUGUCAUUCCAGUGGGGAUAUAUUGUGUUCGUGACGGGUUUAUGCUGAACUCUGGAGUUAUGGUGUAAAAUCAAUGUUGUGCGCUUGUUGUUGACUCGCUAUGCUUGUAACUAGCUAGUAGCGUUAGCCGAUGCUGUGUUAAUUCAGCUAAACAGCGAACCACAUUGAACGCGUUUUAAUUAGUUUUACUAAUACAAAUACACAUUCAUAUUGAUAAGAUUGUCAUAGCCGAUAAAAAUGUAGACUUUAUAAAAAUGUAAUGAAAUAUUUUCUUUGUGCUGACAGCUUGGCAGGCUUUAUGCUAACAAUGCACUAGCUCGAUAGCUCAAUUGCUUUUCUGCUAUAGCAAUAACUCGCCAUGAAUGUUUCUGUAAUUGGUUUUACGCGUGUUAUUUUAGCUUUCAGUCGGUAAGGAUGAUGUAAGGUUGUUUGAAGCAAUGUAAACAACCCAGAUUUAGCUGUUCGCAAUCCGUUGACGUAUUUAUACACCCUAUGAUUCAUAUUGUUUUACAACAUUGAGCUUGGAAGAGUGAACACAGCUGGACGUUUUACAGACUCUACAUAUACACACACUUUAAACAAGUCUGCGUUCCCGGAUUUGAACUGGAAGGGUGGGAAAUGGUUUGAUUUGGUCUUACACUCAUUUAAAGAUAGACCAGACACAGGGGCUUUGAAGGAAUCAGGGUCCACCUUUGGCAUCAGAGAGGGACACACACAGUUGUCUCCUGUCUUUUGCUCUCUGAUGUGAGCAGUCAUGGGCACCCAGGGAAGCCCUGUGAAGAGCUACGACUACCUGCUCAAGUUCCUCCUGGUUGGAGACAGCGACGUGGGCAAAGGAGAGAUCCUGGAUAGCCUUCAAGACGGAUCUGCUGAGUCUCCGUAUGCCUACAGCAGCGGAAUCGACUACAAGACCACCACGAUCCUGUUGGACGGGCGGAGAGUUAAACUAGAGCUUUGGGACACCUCGGGACAAGGCAGGUUUUGCACCAUUUUCAGGUCGUACUCCAGGGGAGCGCAGGGGAUCCUGUUAGUGUAUGACAUCACCAACCGCUGGUCAUUUGAUGGGAUAGAUCGCUGGAUCAGGGAGAUUGAUGAGCAUGCACCUGGAGUGCCCCGUAUUCUCGUGGGUAACCGGUUGCACCUGGCGUUCAAGCGACAGGUUCCCACGGAACAGGCACGGGCAUAUGCAGAAAAGAAUGGCAUGACAUUUUUUGAAGUGAGUCCCCUCUGCAACUUCAACGUCAUCGAGUCCUUUACGGAGCUCUCGCGCAUCGUCCUGAUGAGGCACGGCAUGGAGAAGUUUUGGAGGCCCAACAGAGUAUUCAGUCUGCAGGACUUGUGCUGCCGUGCCAUUGUUUCCUGCACCCCUGUGCACCUAAUCGAUAAGCUGCCACUUCCUGUGGCCAUCAAGAGCCAUUUGAAGUCAUUCUCCAUGGCGAACGGCAUGAAUGCUGUCAUGAUGCACGGCCGCUCCUAUUCGCUGGCCAAUGCCGCCGGAGGCAGCAAAGGCAACAGUCUUAAACGCUCCAAAUCCAUCCGGCCGCCUCAGAGUCCACCACAGAACUGCACCAGGAACAACUGUAAGAUCUCCUAGCCUCCAGGCACAGGGACGGGCCGCCCCCCCUCCCUUCACUUAUAUAACACUCAGGUGCACACAGACAAACACACAAGGAAACCGACACAGGGCUGGGUCGAUGACGCAACACGGGUGUGGCACCUCUCAACACGGGGAAAGCAGCAAGUGAAAGAGCACUUCCUGCUGCUACAAAGAGCCACGUUACUCUCUCACCCUGCUGCAGUACACCGUUUAUCACUCGCAUAUUUGUUGCGGUGACCACCUACAGCAUGUUUCCUGCCACGCUAGCGCCCUCUGCUGGAGAAUUUGUGCAGAUCAAACCCUGCAGUGGCUGCUGAGCGGCUGCGUUUUUGAAGUUGCUUUAUGGGCUUUUUUCGCUUUGGUUGUGUUAUUUGCUCACACUCCUAAUCCUCAGCGCUCUGCAUAUGGUGUUUUUUUUGGUUCUUUGCAAGAGCCUGUUUUCCCUGUAGAAAAGCUGAAGCUUGAACGGUCACAUGGUCUUGCAUGCAUACCUUCAGUGAGAGGGCUGAUGCCAUUUGUAGUGCUUACAUUUGAACUGAUGUAUUAAAAAUGUGAUUUGCACUGCGAAUUGGUCGUGUCUGAAUUUGCUGGUCAUUUGCACAGUGACUUAAUCAACAGAGAGAAUGUGGACUGCGGGAGCACUAGGUUGACGGCACAAACAUUUCCACGGCACCUUUUAUUCGCCAUCUUUCCACUAUGAAGAUCCAGCAAACUUUGAUCAAUUGUUCCUCGUUUGGGUCAGAAACCAAGGAUUGCGGGAAAUUUCUCCUCAGGGGAUAGUAUUGGCAAAGGGUUUUUAAUCUCUUUUAUUAUUUCUUUUUUACUUUCUUUCUCUGACUUGCAUUUCCUGCAUGUCUUUUUUGGGGUUAUUUGUCAUAUUUCCAAUAUUAUAACCCUACACUGUAAUUACCUCACCACUCACGUUCAGACUUCAAGCCUUGCAGCCUGAUUUUCUCAUUGAUAUCUCCAACAUUUCAGUUCUCUCCUGAGAUAUUUUCAGCAGUCUCUGGCUAAAAUGCUCCGUGAUUUAAUCACACAUGUGUUCUACCAGUUUUCAGUGUUGUAGCAUGAGUUCAAAAGUCAGGUCUUAGCUCGAAGCUCUUUUAAUCUGCACACGCAGCAUGACUUCUCUAUAGAUGUAUGUCCGAAUGAAGGAUAAUAAGCCCGUUUAUAUAUCAAGCACAAUAGAAACGUCAUAGUGCUCCCUUUAGAUCCCAAAACGUGUCAGAAGCAUCUGCGCUUUUCUUCCGGAUCUGAUGAGCUGUGCUUGUUGAAUUAUGGAUGCUUUUCAGUUGAUCAAAUCCCCCACUUUUCUCUCUCCUACUCCACCCUCUUCAUCUCAGGGAUGAGCCCCGGCCUCCAGCGGCAAAAGCUGCCCAAUGAAGCCUGUUUAAACCCGGCUGAGCGACGGCUGCCAUCAUGGGGCCUUUAAACUUCCCUUAGAGGGCUUUAAGCUCUCGGUGUUUGACCUAUAAGCUAUUCGCUCCAGGGCUUUCGCAGUCGCUAUAGCUAAUAGAAUGAACCUGGCACUUGUCGGUGGUGCAUUUAGAGCAGUUGUGCAUAAUAGUGUCCAUCUGUUGGGUGACGUAAAUACUAAAGGGUCCACAGAAGGUGUUUUGGUUCUCCUGUUUUAAUAAUCCUGAAAGGCUGUGGUAAUAGAAAUACUACAAAGAAGUGUUUUGUUCCUUUUUUGAGCAUCUUCAGAAUCUUGAGUAGGUAUUAGUUUUGAGCCUCUCACCUGAGAGCACAAGUUGUAAUAUCGUUGCACAUCAUACAGUGCAAAGAAACUCUGUGAUUUAGUUAGAACGUUCCAUUUCAAUCUUUUUUUUGGUAUUGUAAAGUGUUUUCCUCUUCGUAAUCGAAGCCUCUAUUUUAAAAUCACGCUCAUGGUUUUUGUGCGUGAUAGUUGGAAGUAUGAUGGGACCCUCCUGGUGUUGCCAAAGGGGUGGUUUCCAUAAGCGUGAAUGGGAUAAAGGGAAAUGUGAUUUGGUGGAGCAGUAGGAACACAGUUGUAAACACUAUUUUCUGUUGGUUGAAGCUAAAAGCUGCUGAAUAACUUGCGUAAUUAUCGGAUGUUCUUUCAACAACGACAAUGGGGGGAAAAUAAGAACUUUUUUAAAUUAUUGAUUGUACAGUUCUUAGUGUAUGAAAAGCAACAACUUUUUUCACAAUAAAAUGGAUAAUGUUAUCAGUAAAAACAA